AUGUUAGGUAGCACAACUUCACAACUUUUGGUGCUUUUGAUUAGCACAUUGGUUAAGGUGGCAGAUGUUAAAAGGGUAAAUAACUUGGUUACUGACCUUCAAAUGUUUGCUCUCAAGACCCUGCAAAUCCCAUUACCAGGAAGGCAUCCACCCUCUCCCAUUCUUUCAAAUGGUUCAGCUACUCCAGGCCAGAAAAUUUGUGGACAAACUCCAUCUCGCCGGCAUUCUGAUGUGUUGGAAUCUAUCCAGUCACUAAGGUUGAAAUCUACUCAACCCAAGGUUUCUCCAGCCAUGAGCACUUUGCAGGGAUACUAUGGGCUUAAACAUUCAAUUAACAAUGGUGUAGCAGAAACAGAGAUGACAGUUUACAAAACAGACAUUACUCGUUACUUGGAAGAUGAACUGCCAAAAUCCUCACCAUUUCCUGACUUGUCUUCAGGCCUCCAUCGGAAGUCCAGGAGUGUUAAUUGUUUCUUGUCCGAGAAUGGUGAAGUGUCGGAUGUGCCUGUUGCAGAAGUCGGGGAUCUUGAGGCUGAGAGGUCAAAUGAUAAGUCUGUCCGCAGGCGGCAGAAAGCUGAGAUUGGCUCUGCUUCUCGCACCCCAAAAAUGUUGUUGAAGGAGGAUAAUAGUGGGGGCAGUGGAUUCUCAACUACAGCUGGAAGGGGUCUGGCUCUGAGGCCAAAAUCUGGUAGCCGAACCAAUCUUGCAGCUGAUGCUGAAUCAGGUUGGUUGUACCCGGUUCCUGUGGGUCUGGGGGACUCUAUCAUAGGUGAUGGGUUUUCUGGAGUACGGAAAUCAUCAAGCACUUCCAACUUGCAGGACGGGGACAACAACAACAACAAUUCCGUAUCCAUCUGGCCAACUUCGAAGUGGAGUUUGAAGUCAGACUUACAGGCUUUCUCAGCUGCCACUAUUGCCAGACCAAUAUUUGAUGGCUUGCCAAAGCCAAUAACUGGGAGAAGAAACAAAGCUGCUCUUGAUUAGUAUUGAUCCAUUGCACAGUCAUAAAAUCUGAUUUAUUUCUCAUUUUUGAACGAUACAACCAAAACCCUGAGCCAGGCCUUCCAUCAAG